CAAACAUGCAUAUGCUGUUGCUCCCAUACCUGGUACCACUCUCUCGAUAUCUCGAUUAUACCUUCCUCCAGAACACCAGCUAUUUAGUAGGACUUGCAAGAUAGAUAAGAUGGGAAAGAAGAGUAAGAAGACGACGACCAAGGGGGUCAUGGACUUUUUGCAGAAUGCAUUGUCCAAGACGGCUCUGCUUCAGCUUUACACAGAAGAGACCCGUGGUCGCUUCAUCUGUCGGGCAGUUCUGCAGAAAUUGACCCCCGUGGCACAGCAGGUGGUAGUGAGGCUUAGCUCCUGUGGUGGAUCCUUUCCGGCGUCAAGCGUGGAAGUAUGGAUUGCCAAUAGCGGUACUACUGUAUCAGGCACCAACAACAAGACACGCUUUCAACAGAUCAUGACAGAAUUGCAACGGUGGGCCAUUCUGGCCGUGCCGGGCGAAGGAGAAGGCAAUAAUGCCAAUACCGUCACGUUGGCGCCAGAUUUUGCCAAAGGACUACAGGAAACUCUCUUGUCUCCGGAUUCGUCGCCAUGGAAAAAGGUCACCAGGGAACAAGUCAGGGCCAUGGAACAAGAGGCAAAAGAAAAGCCCAGAGAUGUCAGCUUUGAAGAUCUUGAGCGAUAUACCCAAUCGCAAUUUGAUGCCAUCCUCCAUUUCCUCGUGGGGACUCCCAAAAUGAAAAUACAGCCACCUCCUGCUGUCAUUCACUUUUUACUCCAAACGGGCUUGAUGCAACCGGAUCCCGAAUACAAGGGUAGCAACUCGGAUGACGCACCCUUGGUCAUUACGGAACGAGGUUAUGAUUUUAUGCUACAGGACAAUGCCCAGCAAGUCUGGCACUUUGUGGUCCAGUAUCUACGUUCCUUAGAGAGCGCAGCAGCAAAGAAACACAAGAAUUUGGCUCGAGAAGCACUCUUGCUUCUCGUGUGCCUGGGCUUUGCACAACUCGGUGAGGGGUACUUGGGUUCCAGUUUGAGCAAGGACAGCCGAGUCAUGGUAAAGGAUUUGGCGCUCUUUGGACUCCUCUUUGUUCGAAAGAUUGGGAAACAGACCAUUUUCUACCCCACACGGGUGGCCAUGGAAUUGGUGGGUCAUGAUGACUCGAGCUCCGGCGGAAACGCUGCCUCGAGUAUGUGGAGUCUGUCCAGCAAGGCGCUGAAUGCAGCCCUGACCAAUCCACGCCCACAGAACUCCUCUCAUCUUGCCAUUGUGGUCCAAACCAAUUUCCAAUUGUGUGCAUAUACAACAUCCGAGCUGCAUGUCAGCAUGUUGGGGUUGUUUUGUGACGUGCAAACCAUUCGUCGGCUCCCCAACGUCGUUUUCAUGACUAUUACCAGAGAUUCUGUCAAGGCAGCCUUUUGUCUUGGUAUCAAAGCACGACAAAUCUUGCGGUUUAUGGAAAAACACGCCCAUCCAAAAGUAAGGGAGGCCAUGAUGCUACCUGGUACAUCACUCUCCAUGUCAGACAGCCCUGUUCCUGCCAAUGUUGUGGAUCAGAUUUGGUUGUGGGAUAGAGAAAGACACCGGGUUCAAUGGACAGAAGUUUAUUCCCAUCAAUGCUUGAUGCAGGGAGAAUUCCAGGCUGUGUACCAGUAUACGAAAGAGCAGAAAGCUCAUGCAUGGAGUUCCGAGGCUCGCAAAAGUCUGCUAAUCAACUAUGCUCAUGCCGAAAAAGUGCAAAGCUUUGUACGCGCUUGGCGGGCUAAAGCGGCCUCCCGUCAGGAAGAUUGAGGUGGCCUUACGGGGGCGUGCUGCGCCUCCAAACCAGACAGACACUAAACGUUUAGCUUACAACAAGACAUAGCAUUGCAUGUCGUUUUAUUAAUUGUUGUAGGGCACUAUUAUUCUAAAGAGCUACAUGUUGCGAAGAAGAAAUCUAACAGUUUUGAGUAAAGCGAACUGAUACACAUCAAAUCGAAGUUCUGACUUGAGUUGACAUGGACGGGAUCAAUUAUUGUUUUCUGUAAUAAUACACCUUGACCUAACAAACGCCGCAACAAAAUUCGGCCAACCCGCUCACUCCUUGUUGUUUUUGUUGACGUUUAUCUUGAAACGGCCCAAGACGCCGGCAUAUUCGCAUUGCAAGGUAUUUGCAAUUGUGCUAUUGACGACAGUGCUGUCGUCGUCAUCGUCGUUGCCAAGAAAUGCUGAACUAAUCUUUGAAAGCCAUUCUUGUGCCAUUUGCAUGUGUGCUUCAAUGUUGUCGACUUCUGACCGAGAAUCCGAAGAAGAAUACUCGCCAGACGAGGAAGAGGAGAUCUCUCCAUCGACCAACGAGUUCGUUCUUGACACUUUGUCGUUGCGUCUGCGACGGCGAACCGGUACUUCAGCAUGACAUGGAGUGCAAGCUGACAAUAGAUUCGGACCGUUGACAGUCCCCUGAAAGAAAGCGGUCCGCCCUUCGUCGACAGAGUCAUCCUCGUCGUCCUCGAUACGACUGAAUACGUCUUCGUCGGAAUCGGAAGCGGAUUGCGGAACUGUAUCCUGGGAAGCCGAUACCGAGGCAGUUGUUUUGGUCAGCAGCGGUUCAGGGCUGACGAAGGUUGCAGUUUUUGAGAUACCGAGAUCGCUGGUCGUAGACAUUAUGGCAGAUUCCGAAUUAGCCGAGUGUUCGGAGCCUGCCGAGUAGCUACUUCCACAGGAUGCGGAACCGUCCGUUCCAUCCGUAUCCGUACCGGUACCCGAGAAAUCCGACAAAGUUGAACACUGGCUUUCCACUAUGUCUGCUGCAAUCGUGUCGCCUAUUUUCGAGGGUUUGUAUUCGACACUUGGUUUCUCAAGCAUGGCUAAGAUACCCGCUGUUCUUGGCGAGGGACUACCCACUGCUACACCUCUUGGACCCUUAUCUCCAUUCCUGGUUUGCGCUGAUGAUGCCGAUGAAGCCGAUAUUUGAAGCUCGCGUGACUCUGAGCUGCUGGAUUGCUUCAACGUAUUUGCGAUUGUUUUUAAUUUCUCAGGCGUUGGCUUGUUGGCGGGUUUAGUUUGUUUCUUUGGAACGCUGUAACCAUUUCCAGUUGCAACUGAACCAUCUUCGACGCCAAUGCGGUUCGAAGCAACCUUUACAACUUCUAAGUUAUCUGUCGAAUGAGACCAGUAGAUCAGGUUUGACUUUCUUGAAGGGCCAACUUUUAUCAAUCCGGAGGAAGAUGCCGAACUUGUUUUUCGGCCAUCCUUUACCUCGACCUGCCCGGCGUCAUCAACAUCAUAGGAGCUAGUCCAUGGAUCACUUGAUCCCUUCUUGCUUAUAUCAUCAGCAGCGUCUGAACUCCUGCUGUUCUGAGAAUCAAACCAGCCAACCAACGGUGUUUCCUCUGCUUCGCCCUCUUCUUCAUCGAUCGUGUCGGGGGACGGGUGUCGAGGUAACGGAAAGGACUUUUUCUUCCGCUUCUUGAGAAACAGCAUUCUCCCCAUCGAGAUUUUCUUUCGUUGCUUUUUGUCGUGCUCGUCGCUCGAAGAAGCAUUUAGACUGAGACCGGAAUGACAUUGCGAUAGUUUCUUUGUGUCCUCGUCGCAAGAGGCGUUCCCGCUGAGAUCUGACACGUACUGCGACAAUGUAUACUCGGAUACCUCGGAAUCUUUCUGGUCCAGACUACGUGCCUGGUCUACGCUCAGAUCUCCUCUCUUUAGCUUUGCGGUGCCGUCGAUUCUCUCUUUUUCAGAUAGGGUGAACCCAAUAGCUGACUCAGACGCACGUAAUGAUAUGACUUCUUGGCUCUUUCCGCACAUGCUUUCAUUGGCCGUCAAUGCAGGAAAUAUCUCAAAUUGAGAAGGCUCGAAUAAGGAAUCCUCCUUCUUCUCCUUUUUGUCGGUCUGCUUCAUGGAAUCACAUCCUUGCUGUUGCUCUUUCUUCUCAUUGGAUUCUCCGGAUGAAUCUUUUAUCGCAGCUUGAUCCUCGUUGCUUUUCUGUUUUACAAUCACAAGUUUUGGGGGGGCAGAAGAUUG